GCAUGACAUGGCCAUCACUUGUUGGCUGUUUGUUUGACACAUACCAUGUACUUUGCCAAUGACUAUUGAAGGAUGUGAAACAAUUUAUAGUGGAGUGUGACUGUUUAAAAUUGAUUAAUGGAUAGGUUGUCUAUUCUUCCAAGGGUUUGUCAGUGCAGUAGUUUCUUUAUACUCCAAAGUUUUUGUUAGUGCUCUUGUGCUGUACUUGAUCCAUUCUGAAUUCUUGCACUAAGCAAGAGUGUACAUUGCACUAACCAAGAGUUGGUGAGGACUCUAGUUUAGGAAACACUGAUUUAUUUGGGUUUUUGAAGCACUUAAGUGGUGGAGGAUUUGUUUUUUUUUUUAGAAUCUCAGUGGUAGAUGAUUGAAUGAUUAGCUUUCCAACUUGGCUGGCUGCUUUGUCACCACAUCCCCACCUAUUUCAUGCAUCUAAAACGUGCUGAAAUCAAUAACACCUUAUGUGAAUGUGCCUUAUGCAUAUUAAUCUUGCAAACUUGUGACUUAAGGUGCAUAGUAUGAAAACUUUGAUACUUGUUUGAUGUUUUAUGUAUCCUUCAAUCUUUCGUAACUUUUAAUUUGUGGCCACAUUGGAUUUAUAUGACAUGAUAAACUCUAAGAGUGUUAUUUUUUUUGCUUCGUUUAAUAUACGUGAAGACAUGGUGUCCCCUCGUAAGAGGAUGAACCUUGGGAAGAAGGUUGCACCAACUGGCAGUCAUCGUCUUGGGGUUCUGCCUCCAGGAGCAUACACCCCCGGAAGAGCUAAUUGGGGUUCACAUAUGACAAGGCUGUUCUUACAGCUAGCCAUAAAGGAGAUUGAAGCUGAGGGUAGGGGAACAACACAACUUUCGAACAACUCACUGCGCAAAAUCGCUGCAGAGCUCAGCGCUACGACUGGAGAACUGAUCACUCUGAAGCAAUGUAAGAAUCGGUAUGGCGUCUUGAAGCGGGAUUGGCAGGCAUGGAUAUUACUUGCUGAUUCGAGAAGAGGUGCAACAGGCUUGGGCUGGAAUCCAGUCACGGGUACUUUUACAGCGCCUGACCAUUUUUGGCCUAACCUAAUUGCACAAAAUGAAUGUGUGGCCAAGUUCCGCGACUGUCCAUUGGAGCACGAGGAGUUGAUGCAAAGGGUUUUUGAAGAAGUUACAGCCACCGGGUCACUGCAAUGCACUCCGGGAGCGAAUGGGGAGCUUGGUAUGGGUGCAGAAGGUCGUCGAGCUUUGGUUACCGACAAUGAUGACCGGACUGAUACGGAUGGUGAGGGCAACACAGUUGGAAUAGAAAACGGUGAGGAAAUUGGAAGUGCAUACACAAGCGCCGAAAAUGGUAGGGGGGCCCACUUUCCCCCACAUGUCCCUCAACAGGAAUAUGGUACACCCACCACCCAUUUUUUUAACCGUGGUACAACAAGUACCGCCCCUUGCCUGCAGCCCGAAAUCAGGUGCUCCCCCCCUUUAUCUGAGCAUGGUACAAACACCCCCCCUUUCCCGAGAGCUAUGCCCAAAUAUCCCAGUUCCAACUCAAGUGGAACGAAACGGAAAAGCAGAUCGAGUGGGACAGAUGCUCUCUCGCAGUCCAUGUGUAAUAUUUUGGCAACCAUGGUAUCCAGGCAGAGUCAGUACAGAUCAGUGAUUAAGCACGGAUGUAACAUGGUGGACAUAAUGAAGAUCCUUGGUGGAAUGGAAUAUUUCCAACAAGAUCCCGUUCCCCCGGUUUAUUGGUGGCUGAUUGACUACUUGUCAGGUGAUCCCAUGAAGAUGGAUGUGUUCUAUGGCUUGCCAAAUGAUGAACAGAGGAUUUCUUUCGCUCAACGGGAGCAUACAAAGGCAAUGUUAGCACAAUCACGCGGACAAGGCAACCCAAAUGAGACUCUUCCACCUUGGCAACCGCCCUCUCAUAUUUAAUUAUUUUAUGACUGGAAACAUUAUCAAUAACUGUGUUUUUUCCUCUGGCUUGCGGCAAAGUACACUGUAGUAUGUUUGGUACUUUUAAUCGAUGUUUAAUGUGUUGAUGGACGGCAUUAUUUAGGAUUGUUGGAAAGAUUGGGUAUGAAUUUUGUGA